AUGGUGAGAGCUUUGGAGGACGAAAGAGAAAUGUACAAAUCGAGGCUGGAUUAUAUCAGGGGAAUGCACGGUGAAGGGGGAAGACCGAAAUCGAGGAGCAUGACCUUCGAAAGCGAUGGCUCGACUGCUCAAGCUGAUGAUGAUAGGAUGACAACGUCAAGAAGCCAUGGCUCUUUAACGCUACACGAUCACGAGCAUUUGGAGCAGAACAAAACCGACAAGAUCAAGUCUCGCCUGGCCAAUGACGGGAGCUCGACAAGUCCUAAUGGAAGACAAAUUUCAGAUAUGGAGUUGAUGAAAGAAAGAUUUUCAAAGUUGCUCCUCGGUGAGGACAUGUCCGGUGGGGGAAAAGGAGUUUCUUCGGCUUUGGCGUUAUCGAACGCAAUCACAAACUUAGCAGCUUCUGUAUUCGGAGAACAAAAGAGGUUAGAGCCGAUGGCACCCGAAACCAAAGCAAGGUGGAGAAAAGAGAUUGAUUGGCUCUUAUCAGUCACAGAUCACAUUGUUGAAUUUGUUCCCUCUAAACAAAGGUCCAAAGAUGGAACCAACAUGGAGAUUAUGGUGACAAGACAAAGAAACGAUCUCCACAUGAACAUUCCCGCUCUAAGGAAACUCGACGCCAUGCUCCUCGAGUGUCUGGACAACUUUAAGGACCAGAACGAGUUCUACUACGUGUCUAAAGAUGACGAGGAUUCAUCUAAGAAGGGUAAAACCGUAAGAUCGGAUAACAAAUGGUGGAUCCCCACACCUAAGGUACCACCAAAUGGUCUGUCUGAGGCCACAAAAAAAUGGCUUCAGUAUCAGAAAGACUCGGUUAAUCAGGUGCUGAAAGCUGCCAUGGCCAUAAACGCUCAAGUCCUGUCUGAAAUGGAGAUCCCAGAAAGCUAUAUGGAGGCUCUCCCUAAGAAUGGGAGAGCGAGUCUAGGGGACUCGAUGUACAAGAGUAUCACGGAUGAGUACUUUGACCCAGACUACUUCCUGUCUACCGUGGACUUAUCCUCGGAGCAUAAAAUCCUAGACCUCAAGAACAAGAUUGAGGCAUCGGUCGUGAUAUGGAAGAGAAAAAUGAACGCGAAGGACAACAAGUCGGCUUGGGGAUCGGCCGUGAGCUUGGAGAAGAGAGAGAUUUUCGAGGAUAGGGCCGAGACGAUUCUGCUCAUUUUAAAGCAUCGUUUUCCGGGGCUUCCUCAGUCUGAUCUUGACAUCAGCAAAAUACAGUGCAACCGAGACGUGGGGCAUGCGAUCUUGGAAAGCUACUCAAGAAUCAUAGAAAGCCUAGCAUUCACGGUUUUAUCAAGAAUCGAUGAUGUCAUGCAAGUUGACUCGCAAGCACAAAACCCGAUGACAACUGCCGAGCCAAUCUUGAAGUCACCCAUAAGAGAGGCCUCACCCAUAACCACACCCAAAGAAGAAAACAACUCGGCCGAAACUCCAACUUCAAUGACGCUGUUGGAUUUCAUGGGUUGGAACUUGGACAAGUCCGAAAACGAGCCAAAAAAGGACUCCCCACAUGACGAAGCCGAUAGAAAGGUUGUUAAUAAACCGGCCUACAUCAACACGAACAAGAGGGGUUUCACAGAACGCAGAAGAAGAAAAAUACACAGCUCUCUUCAUCUCCGACGAGCUGCUGCCGCGCCGGCGCCGCCGCAUCUUCGAGCUCUUCCCCAGGAAAUGUUAGAAUCGGUACAUGUAGAGGGUCAAAAAGACAAGGAAGUCGAAGAAGAUGAGGAGGAGGAGUAUAUACUGCUUGAUUUAGAAGGCAUUUCUGAUCAAAUUCAUAUCCCACCAAACGCACCAUACAUACUCUCUGGUUUGGAUACGCUCAACCCACUUCUGAUAAUAGAUAACAAAAUUAAGCUGAUUGGGGAAUAUGUUGAAACAAUUGGGACCUGCUUUGUUUUCAAUGAAAGUGAUGAUGUAAGUCCUGUUGUUCGCAACGAGGCAGGACCGUCUGAAGCUAAUCCUUUAUUGCGACGAAGCGUAACUGACCCCAAACAAAUCCCAAAGAAGCAAGUUAAUCCAAUAGCAAGUCUACAAAAGAUUCUUAAGUUCAGACUCGUGUUGGACGCUGAAAAUGAUGAUGGGAAAGGCAACCAAUCAGAUAAGCCACCUUGA